AGUUCUACUUACUUUGGCUUUAAAUCAUCUUUAAACUUUAAUCUUUCGUUUUACACACACAUAUAUAUAAGUCCUUUUCCUCCGUCCAUCUCCCUCCUCCCCCUCUCUCUCUCUCUCUCUCUGUGAUGAGCAAAUUCGAGAUCCAAUUUUAUCUAUAUAUCUCAUCUUAGAGCCCAUUCUAUCUCUGAAACACAACCACUUUUUUUCAAAAUGGCUGGCACUCAGUACUUCAGUUUCAGAGGAUUCCUAUUUCUGUUCCUUGUUUUCUUUCUCUUUUCCUCCCUUCUCGCUUCUGCCCUCUCAGAGACUCAAACCCAGAGAAAUCGUUUUGUAGGGAGAAGAAUGUUAGAGAUAGAGGAGGUGGAGGAGGAGGAGGAGCUACUAGCCCAGCCGAAAAAGAAAUUCACCAAAACCCAACCCAAGCUUAUUGAAAUGGAGGAGGAAAAUGAGCAGCCAAAGAAGAAAUCCACCAAAACAAAAAGCAAGUUCAUUGAGAUGGAGGAAGAGGAGCAACCAAAGAAGAAAUCCACCAAAAUCCAAACCAAGUUUAUUGACAUGGAGGAGGGAGAGCAAUUGGAGAAGAAGACAACCACAAAAAACAAAGCGCAACUCAUUGAUGUGGACGAAGAUCAGCCAAAGAAGAAGUCGACUAAAAGCCAGACCAAGCUAAUAGAGGACGAGGAAGAGCAGCCGAAGAAGAAGUCUACUAAAAGCGCGAGCAAGCUAAUAGAGGAGGACGAUGAGGAAGAACAGCCAAAGAAGAAGUCUACUAAAAGCCAGACCAAGUUAAUAGAGGAGGACCAGGAAGAGCAGCCAAAGAAGAAAUCCACCAAAGUACAGACUGGGCUCACUGAAGAGGAGGAGGAGGAGCAGGAGCAACCUAAGAAGAAAUCCACUAAAAGUCAGACAAAUCUCGUAGAGGAGGCGGAGGAGGAGGAGGAGGAAGAGCAGCCCAAGAAGAAAGCCAACCUAUUGACCAAGAACCAAGCCAAGCUCAUCAAACCCACAACCAGUUCAAUGAAGGCAACAGCAUCUUCUGGUACAAUCCUUUCCAAUACCCAAUUGAAGAAGCUAAAUUCCACCUCAAAAAGCUCAAAUUCUACCAAAUCCAAUCCAAUUUUGAUUAAAAAAUCCCCAGAUCUACUGAAACCAAGCACACCCAAGAAUAAAACAGUUGUCGCCAAACAGUCGCAAACAACCACCGACAAGAAUUCCAGUGAGCUUAAAUCCAAAACCUUAGAAAAGAAACAGGUUGCAGAGAAAAAUGCGAAGCAAGAGAAAACCCAAAAGCCCAUGAAGAUUGAUCAAGAUGAGGAAGACGAUCUAGUCUCGGAAUUCAGAGAUCUACCCUCCAAAAUCCAUCAGUCAUUCAUCCCAGACCUUGAGAGAAUCUCAACAACCUCCAAAGUCUAUCUCAGCAGAGCCAACAAAGAAAUAACGAAAGGGGUGAAGCCCUAUGUGGGUAGCAAAUAUGCACCAUCCAUAGCUUCGACGAUCUCCUGCGUCUUCGUUUUAGUCCCCCUCCUCCUUGUCUCCCUCGUCUUCAACCGAAUGAAAGCUUACUUUUCUCUGCAGCAAAUCGUAAUUUUGAUUCAAGUGUACUUGUCAAUCUACUUCUUAAUCCUCGCUUUCUCCUCGUUGGUGACGGGGCUGGAGCCAUUGAAGUUCUUCUACUCGACAUCACAGUCGAGCUACAUUUGCUUGCAGGUAUUGCAGACGCUAGGAUACGUUAUGUAUUUGCUGUUGUUGCUCAUGGACCUGGUUGUAGUGUUCUCGACGGAGACCCGACUAGGGUCGAAGUUGUUAGGGCUGGCCCAGACCAUCGUGGGCUUUGCAGUGGGCUUGCAUUACUAUGCCACCGUGUUUCACAGAGCAGUAUUACGUCAACCGCCCAAAACCAAUUGGAAAGUUCAUGGAAUCUAUGCCACGUGUUUCCUCCUGAUUUGCUUGUUUGCAAGAUCUGAGAGGAGGAAGAAGGCUUAUCUACAAGAUGGUGAGGAUGGAAAGAAGAGUUAAUUAAUUUCUUCCCGUUUUCUGUUUUUAUUCCAUCUCUUUUUUUUUCAGAUUUUUUUUUCCUUUCUUUUUCGGUUCAGUUUUAGCUGUAACAAGCAGGAGAAUCUUGCUUGUUUUUCUUCUUUAUAAUUUAUAUAGUUUUGUUUAUUAUUGUUGAUUCUGUAUGUGAACUAUAUAUAUAGUUGGCAAAUGAUGAAUAAAGGAUGAAGAAAUCAUGAACACUAGAAUAGAAUGGGACUGUAAAAUUCCUGAAGAUGCAUGAACUUAA